CAACAACAACAACAAAUGUACAAAAUUACUGUCAUCUUUCUGUGAUUUGUCUGCUGCAGCUGCAUCGUUUUUUUUCCGAAUUAACCGUUCCAUAAUGACAUCAGAUGCAAGGCAACGAAUUGUGUACCUAACAAGAAUCGAACAAUUUUCAGCUUGUCAUAGAUUACACAGUCCAGAGCUAACUGAUGAUGAAAACAUCAAAUUGUACGACAAAUGUAACAACCCUAAUGGCCAUGGACACAAUUACAAAGUUGAGCUGACAUUGCGUGGAAAGGUUUACCCAGUGACUGGCAUGGUCAUGAACAUUUCAGAUCUCAAGACUUAUAUGAAGAACGGCUUCCUGGACUUACUGGAUCACAAGAAUCUCGACAAGGAUGUCAAUUACUUCAGGUCAAAUGUCAGCACUGUGGAAAACAUUGCUAUCUUCAUCUGGGACAGAAUGGCGAAGUGUCUUCCAGAUCCGUCACUUCUGUUUGAGGUCAAAGUUCAUGAAACUGAUAAGAACAUUGCAGUCUACAGAGGAGAAUGAAAUUGGUAUGAUUAGCGGGGUCAAAGGUGACAUUUAUUGG